CUAGGCUGUGUCUGUCCCCUACUAUUUAUAACGCGCAUGAGGCCUUGCAACAGGAACACUAUACCUGCCUCAACAUUGUAUUCUUUAUCCCUCAAAUUCUAGGACAAAACCAUAUAGAUUCACCAAAGUUGAUACCAUAUAGAUGAAAUUUCUACCCUCUUUAAAGCAAGAACUAUAAAAAAUGGAAUUAGAUAACCUAGUGAAACAACUAAGUACAUCUAGACCAAAAGACCAAAACUGUGUUUUUAAGGAUGGUGUUUCUGUUGAUCAAAAUUUAUCAAAAAAUAACAAAGUUGUUGAUGCUCACAAGGCACAACCUCAACAACAUAAAAAACAAGUUAGGAGGAGACUUCAUACCACAAAGCCUUAUCAAGAAAGGCUUAUGAAUAUGGCAGAAGCUAGGAGAGAGAUUGUCACCGCCUUAAAAUUUCACAGGGCAUCCAUGAAAGAAGCAAGUGAACAACAGAAGAAGCAGAAACAACAACAAGAAGCUCAAGAACAGAUGCAGAAGGAAUCACUAUCACAUCAAUCUUCACAGCACCAGAGUUUUGAGCAAGAUGGAAGAUAUAAUAAGUCGCGGAGAAACCACAGAAUUUAUCCUUCAUGCAGAACCAAUUCUUCCUACCUUUCAGUUCCAAAUUCUUACACUUGGCCUUCUGCUUCACCGAUUCUUUCACCACCGCCGACGACACUUUUGCCUGAAAAUCCCAAUUUUAUUCUUCCGAAUCAAACUCUGGGACUGAACCUCAAUUUUCAUGAUUUCAAUAACUUGGAUAUUACUGUUCAUCUCAACAAUAACUCCUCCUCAUCAUCUUCACCAUCCUCUUACUCAUCUGGAACCUCAUCUUCUUCUGCUUCACAGGAUGUUCCUUCUGUUGGAACAUCACAGGUAGAUAGGUCUUCUUCUGCUACCGGAGGCUUACACACAGUGAUGAAUGAUGAGGCUAUGGCGGAGAUCAGAUCAUUAGGAGAUCAACAUCAAAUGGAAUGGAAUGAUACUAUGAGUUUGGUGAAAUCAGCUUGUUGGUUCAAGUACUUAAAACACAUGGAACAUGGUGCACCUGCACCUGCACCUGAAACCAAGGUUGAAAAUGAUGGUUACCGUGAUUUUGAGCAGCCUCUGGAGUUUCCAGCUUGGUUGAAUGCAAAUGAAAGCUGCCUAGAACUGUGUUCAGAAAAUAGUUUCCAAGAUUCUACUUUACCUUGCAUGGACAUUGGAGAAAUUGACUGUAUGGAUGAUGAUUGGUUAGCUGGUUAGCGUGACAACGGCAAGGAUUGAUUGUUUUCGUAUAAGUCAAGUUUUGCUACUUAUUUAUUUUUACAUUUGUGGGGAUACUGGAUACUGUCAAUGUCAUUAUAAUUCUCUUACCCCAUUUUUUCACUUUUUUUGUUGUUGAUGAUAAAUAAAAUGAAUAAGGCUUGCAAAUAUCACUAGCGGCAGGCAUCUUCAGUAUGAGUGAUGAAUAUUUUUCUUCCAUUACUCCUUUUUCCAUAAUUUAUUUAUCUUGUAAUAUUCAACAAUAUCAAUAUCAAUUGUUGUAACUCUUUAUUAGUUAAAUCUGCAACUUUUCGAUUGAA